CUUUGCCCGCCUGCUAUGUCCGCGGGCCCACGUGCAAAACCCGCCCGGUUCCCGCGCGCCCGCACCGCGCCUGCGCACACUUCCAGCCCUAGGCCCGGGAGCCGUCGGGGCGCAUGCUCCGCCCUCGAGUUCUUCCACCGCGCAGGUUUGGAAGCGCGUUGCCGAAGCCGCCCGGCGCGCGCAUGCGUGUCUCCGGCACCCGGUUUUCUUCCCCACUGGGCGAGGAGCGGCCGGUCUUAGGUUUGAAGCCAGCCGAGCCGGAAGUCGCUGUCUUUCUUCGCCUCCCCUCUGUCCUGGCGGAAACGCAAGCCCCGGAAGAGAGGUUCCGGACUGGGCCUGGGCUGGCGGCGGCAGAAUGGAGACCCGGGCGGAGGACGCGGGAUUGACCCGCCGCCCGAUGCUGGCCUCUUCCUGGGAUGCGGCCCGCGGAGUCCUGGCCCACAGCCUCCGUCUCACCCGGGCUGACCUCGGCGCCCGGGACUUGGACUGGGAGGAACCGCUGACGCCGCCUGCCGCGGGCCACGAUCUGGUGGUUUUGAAGAGCGGCCCGGGCGGCCCGGGCGAGAAGCCCUGCUUCCUUCAGCUGAGCUGCGAGCCCGGCGGGGCUGAGGAGAUCGUGUCUGUCGGCCUUCUGAGUUCGGCCAGGAACAUGGAGGUGUACCUGGGAGGGGAGUACUGCGGCACCAGCCGGGGCGAGGCCGUCGGCGGCGAGCCGGGUGACAGUGAGCACAAGAUUAUUUUCUACAAAAAGUACUUAAAAUUGGAGUCUUCCAGUCAUGCUUGUAAAAUAAAGUUGCUCUCCUUUGGUGAAAAGCAACGUGUGUUCAUCAGUAAAAUUGUGGUACAGUUGAGGCGGGUUUCAGCAAAUUCUUCAACAAGCUCUCCUGCUCUAGGAUCAAGGAUAGACCUGCAGAGGGUCCAAACUCUCAUGGAGGCCAUGGGGUCCAAGUUGUCACCUGGUGCUCAGCAGUUGAUGAAUAUGGUUAAAUUUCAGCAGCAGAACUGUGUUCCCGUGGGAGAGCAGCUUCAGGCGGUUUUGGGAAAUACUGGCUACAGACGAGUGGCGGACCUGCAGUCCUCAGCUGCUUCGGGAGCCUCCGACAAGUCCCCCUCCACGCCUUUCCCUUUCAGAACCGGACUGACGUCUGGAACCCUGACGGAAGACUUAAACGCUUGCGUCGAUAAAAGUCCACAGCCACCGGGUGGAGGAAACACUACACACCUCAAAGACUAUCACGUUGUGCCGCCAAACCAUUCUCUUCUUGAGAAUGACCUCAGAAAUGCAGUUUCUUCUUUCCUGCCGAAGAAAGCAAGUGACGCCUCAAAUAUACCUAACUCUGAGUUGCUGCCUUUUCUCCAGAAUUUAUGUAGUCAGGUUAACCAUCUCCACGUGGGACAUAGCGCCAGGUGGCAGGAAGGCAUCACUAAGGCCGGGGAAGGCGUCGUUGGUGUUGCGACGGAAGAGCAACCUGUGUGCUCCUACUUGGAAAAGAUUCUUACUAAAAAUAUGGAACUGCUGGAAAAGAAGCUUGUGGACUCCAUCGAUCAGCGAAUACGUCAACUCCAGGAGCACGUGGACAGGAAGAUAGCUGUGUUGAUGGACCUGCUGCAGAAUCCCCCCUCCCCACCCCUCGGGAAGGCCCUGACACAGUGUGACUCUGGGGAAAGACUUUCCAAUGGAGAGAGAUAAGUGCUCAACUCGUAGGAUGUGCUACAGAUAUUUAUUACGUAUUUAUGGCAAAGCCUAAACCCCCAGAGUUCAAGGCAAGGAUUUAGUGUCGUUUGGGUGCAUCAUCUUACGUACAUCGAGCGACCUCAGUGUACAUUUUAAUGUACUUGUUACUGUCUGUCCAGGGCUGUGCACGAGGAUUAACCUGAUCGGGUCAUCCGUUAUUUUUGUUCGCAAUAUUGUUUACUCUUAUUUUUUACUUGUAUUUAUUUUUAUUUUUGUUUAGUGUUUAAACUUAAGGAUUUCUAAUUUAAUUCAUGAGUCUAUAUUGUAUAUGUGUUUACCAUUUUAAUUUAUACAAAGGGCUUAUGUUUUAGGGGUGUGAA